ACAAAGACAAACGUGCAGCUAAAAUGCCUCCUCCAAAGCUAAAAAUGCACCGAGCCCCUAACUCGGGGAAGCUCAAGGCAAUUCCUCGACCUCAACCGAUGCCAAGUACGUCACAGGAUCACGGAGCACAAUCGCAAGAUCAACGAGAGGCACAGGAAAAGUUCGAAUUGGAACUUGCUUGGUGCAUCCAAAGACUGGAAGAGAGCUUAAACUCGGGAAAAUUAAAUGAAAAACAAAACAGAGACACUUUGAAGACAUUAACGACACUUCGGAGCUCUGCACAGCCAACAGUGAAGAAGCGUCAAUUGAUGAGAACCACUUUCGGGGACUACCGGGCGAAAAUGUUGGAGGAUGAGAAGACUUACUCCAUUAAUCCGAAUUCGUUUAAAUUUCUCGGAUCUGGGAGAUCGUCCAACAAAGCUUAUUUCGUGAAAAAGGCUGCAAUUGUCGAGGGAGAGAAAAAUUUCAAGUUCAACUUCAAUAUUGCAUGA